AUGGGGGUGGUGGUGAUUGAUGGUGAUGGAUUUCCAGUUCGGAUCGGGAAAAACGUGACUUCUCUUGUUGGGUAUCCUCAAUCGGAUCUGAAAACUGCAAUCGAUGCUGCAAGAGAUUAUACUCAGAUGAGUGCUCAGAUAAACUUGAAAGGGACACUAUUUCGGGUAAAGCUGUUGGUGACACCAAUGCCUAAGACAAUAAAGCUAGUGAACGACGAUUAUAAAUGUUCCGCGCCUAAGAAGACCAGAGCAGAUACAGGGCUUAUUGCACUCCAUCAAGGUCAGAAUUUCAACACCAUAAAAUCUAACACAGAAAUCUUGGGUGAUCAUCCUUCAAGCACCUCAGCAAUGUCUUCUCUGCUACCUACACCUGAAAUCACUACCCUUGAUAAUUUUCCAGCCAUACCAAAUCCUAUCUCAGAAAACUUUGAUCAACCUUUACAAACGAAUAACAAUUCCAAUUUUUUACAGGAAAGAACACUUGAAAUUAAGAACCAUAGUCAUGAGGAAUCCCCUACUUCAGAAAAUAUUGAUUCAUCUCCUCACCAAAAUUUUGAACCACCUUGUCUCCAAGAACCCCGUAGAUCCACUAGAAUCAGAAACAGACCUGAAUACCUCAAAGAUUUUCACUGCAUACGCCAACUUCCCUGGCAACUUUGA